UCCAGUUCCCGACUUCCCGUCGAGAUCUGGCCCCGACUCGACCGUUGCUCGUAGAUGCCGUUGCGCCGCCACGCCGCUUCAAAUUGCGAACCCCACGCCUCCCUCGUCGCCGGGCCACAGCAUAACGCCGAUCCCAAUCCACCAAGCACCCCCAACCAACCAACCAACCGACCAACCGAUGGGCGACGAGAGGGGGGAGACGGAUCCGCCCCCACCGGUGGCCGCGGCGCUGCCCAGGAGGGCGGCCACCGGCGGCACGCCCACCGCGUCGCGCGGCUCCAGCACGGCCUCCUCCUGCUCCUCCAACUCCCACCCGUCCGCCCCCGCCCCCGCCUCCACGGGGACGCCGCCGUCCGCCGUCGUGCCCUGGGCGGCGCGCGCGGGGGACAGCUGCUACUACCCCGGGUGCCGCAAGGACGCCAACUGCGCCUGCGAGAUGUGCCUCGCCAGCAUCGACGCCACGCGGGACCUGGUCCGCGCGCCCGAGGCGGCCUCCGCGCGCAGGUUCUUCGCGGGCGCCGCCGCCGCCACCAGGGGCCGGCGGCCCGCGCUCUUCUGCCGCGACCGCGGCGCCGGGGCGGGGUCCGACCUCACCGAGCCGCCGUCGACGCCGCCGAUGCGGUCCACGGCCAAGUCCAGGAGGCCGCCGGGGCAGGCGGCCCGCGGGGGCGGGGCGAGGGCCGCUGGGGUUUCGCACGACUGGGCGGUCUACGCGGCCACGGUUCUUGGGUUCCUGCUCCUGCUCUGGGUCGACACGGGGCUCGUCCCGGAGGCCGCGGCGAGAGGGUUUGGACCCAAGCUGUCGCCGGAGGCCGUGGCGAGGGUGGGCGCCGACGCGCGACUCGCGCCUGGCGGCCUGGAACACAAGCUCCGCGUCCUGGAGCGCAGGGUCGGGCAGCUCGUCGGCGGCGAGAGGGCCGCCAAUUGCAGCUCGCAAGACUCCGUCUGGCGACUCCUCCAGAAUGAUCAGCACGUGUUCCGCUGGCGCUGCACGGUGUACAAGUCCGCGGCCGAGGAGGUCAACGUCUGGGGGAGCCCUCUCCGCACCUCCGGCCUCGUCCCGGCCGCGCUCUCGGCGCGGCACCUCACCCUCCUCUCCGGCGAGAUCACCGAGUGGUCCGACGGGAGGUUGUGGCCGACGGUGCGGGCGAGCAACGGCAGUUCCUGGGCCUACCGGAGGCAGAGCGCGGCGGCGGUGCGGCUGGAGCCGGAGACGUGGGUGCUGGAGUACCAGAGGAGCACGCUAUUCGAGGGCACGCGGCUGAUACCGGCCGCUGCGGAGCUGCUCGCGUCCAGGUGCUCGACGCUGGCGCGGCGAAGGCUGCAGUCAAAGAGGCGGCUUUUCGGUGGCGCACAGGCGAGCCCAACCUGACUGACUUGGCCUGGCCGGGGGUCGAUUUGCUGUCUAGGAUGCUUCUAGCUAGUUCUAGUAGAUUCAUGAUGAUUCAUCUCAUCUCCUGUGAGAUUGAUCAGGACUUCUGUGUUCUUUUGGUUGGUUGCAGUUAUGUGUAGGCACACAGCCGGAUCAAAACGCUGGAAAUCGUUUGUCUUGAGCAUUGUUAGCAUUAUUAAUAAUCGUGCUCAAUCCCCUUCGAUGCA